AUGCAUCGAGAGCAACAACAACAACAACGACCACCACCACAACAAAAACGACAACAACAACAACGACAGCCACCAUCACCACCACCACAACAACAACAACAACGACAACCACCACCACCACCACAACAACAACAACAACAACAACGACCACAACAACUACAACAACAACAACAACAACAACAACAACAACGACAACCACCACCACCACAACAACAACAACAACAACCACAACAACAACCACAACAACAACAACCACAACAACAACCACAACAACAACAACAACAACAACAACAACCACAACAACAACGACAACCACAACAACAACGACAACAACAACGACAACAACAACGACAACGACAACCACCACCACCACAACAACAACGACAACCAUCACCACCACAACAACAACAACGACAACCACCAUCACCACCACAACGACAACUACCACAAGGACAACCACAACUACAACGACAACUACAACAAGGACAACCACAACUACAACGACAACUACCACAAGGACAACCACAACUACAACGACAACUACCACAAGAACAACCACCACUACAACUACCACAAGGACAACCACCACUACAACAACCACUACCACCACGGCAGGAGGCUGUUCAGAAUAUGCAGCACUGA